AUGAUGGCACGCAUAUUCAUAACCGGCUCCAGCGACGGCAUCGGCCAAGCCGCUGCCCGCAUCCUCGCAGAAAAAGGCCACUCCGUCGUCCUGCACGCCAGAAACGCAGACCGCGCCGCCUCCACCCACAGCGCAGUCCCCAAAGCCGAAGCCGUGCUCGUGGGCGAUCUGCGCUCAAUUGCCGAGAUAAAGAAACUAGCCAAAGAAGCCAAAGGGCCAUUUGACGCGGUUAUUCAUAAUGCCGGGAUUGGAUACGGCGGUACAUCGAGUCGAGAAAUCACCAGUGACAAGCUAUCUGCCGUGUUUUCUGUUAACACGCUCGCGCCGUAUAUUCUCACUUGUUUAAUGGACAAGCCAACAUCACGGCUGUUAUUUAUGAGUUCAGAUAGUCACUACGGUGGCGACGAAAGCUUGAGAAAUGUGACGCAGAGUCAUUCAUACAGCGACAGUAAAUUACACGACACAAUGCUGGCAAAUGCGUUUGCGAGACGGUGGGGUGAUAUUCAGGUCGUGAGCAUGCACCCUGGUUGGGUGAGGACUAAGAUGGGUGGGAUGAUGGCUCCGGGGGGGAUGGAUAAGCCGGCUAAGGCGUUGGCGGAAUGGGCUGUUGGACAGGGGAAGCUGGCUGAUUUGAGGAGCGGGGCGUUUUUCACUACGAGUGGGGAGGAUUCACCGCAUCCGGGGGCUGGGAAUGUGGGUAAGCAGGAGGAGUUGUUGAGGAUUUGCAGGGAGGUUUCUGGGGUGGGGGUUCCAGGUGAAUAGAUAGAUGAAACUUAGGCUAUGAAUGUUAUGAUUAUUGACCGUUCGCUUAUUGAACUCGCCA